AUGUCAUCAGUUAAAGAUCAGUUUAGGUAUCUAGUGAGCCAGUCGGAGACUCAGAUCGGAUCUAGCAAGCUCAGACAGGAUUCCAAAAAGUUUCAAGAUCUUUUGAUUCAUAACAUUGCUCAGUUUUUGGAGCUGAAAACAGUCGUGUAUUCAAGGCUGGCGCUAUUCAGUGAUAAUGAAAGCCUCGAGGACCUCAGCACAGCUUCCAUGCCAUUACUGUCGAUCGAUUUUCAUCUUGCGUGGCUCAUCUCUCGAAAACAGGCUGUUCAACUGCAGGAUUCUAAAGAUCGAAAUGUUGUGCGGCUUAAAUUUCUACGCAAAGCAGUUCAAGUUUACAUGCAAUUCUUAGUAUCGCUGCAAAACUAUGAGAUACUCGAAACGGGGUUUGCAAAGAAAUUGGAUCGCAUAGAAAACGUUUACGAGCCCAAACUCGAAGAACUAUAUUCUCAGCCCUCUGACGCCAAAGAUUUGACUUCCGCACACCUGAAAAGGCAGCAAAAAAUCGAAGUGUAUCAGCAGAACAAGGAGAAUGAAGCGCAGAUUAAAUUACUAGACCUCAAGUACAACGAAAACUCCAGUAAUGAUGAGGUGUUAAGGGAUUUACAAAAAGCUCAACUGAGACAAACUGCGUACCGCGCAAUAAACGAAAUAGAACAAGUACUCUACGAGAUUGAGUUACUGUCAAAUUUUGUUGCAUCGCCAGAGACUCCUCCUAACUUCGAAGCGAAUCUUGAAAGCAAGGAUCCUCUUGCCUACACCGAAAAAGUAGAGGCUCUAAAUACUCCCCUCAUCUCCAAGGCAGGCAAAGUGCUCCGCAAUUUCACAUUGGUUGACAAUAAGUCACGGAUGAAGCAGAAAGUUUUUGGAUAUGGCCAAUACGGACCAACAAUGUCAGUGGAAGAGUUUUUGGAAAAUGAAUUUGAAAGUGGUCGUGUGCUGCAAGGCGGAGAAGAACCAACUCCAGAGCAGGAUGAAGACAACGAAGAAUGGCAGGAUCGCGAAACUUACAAGGCCAGAGAAUGGGACGAGUUUAAGGAAGCAAACGCUAGAGGAAGCGGUAACACUCUAAACCGGGGAUAG